UUGUCCGGGCAGAGCAGCAGUCAGUCCGUGCGGAGAAACCUCCGAGGAGACUUCCCAGACAAGCGUCACCGGACCGUUGAAGGGAAGAAAACACCUGGCGCGGUGCUUUUAGCUUCUGGAGACCACAACCAACCGAAGCAGCGGACGCUUAAAGGGAAAGGACCGACUCCAAAGAGCUGACAUUUUUAUUCCAACUUACCGGCUCGGCUCGCUGUCUGUCCGGCUAAUCUCUUUAGCUCCUCGGCUAGCUUCUCGCACCUUAAGGAGGAGGGGGAGAAACUGCGCUUGUCCGGACUGUCAUCUCUGCAGUAACCUCUUCCAAACUUUAAACCAUGCUCUCCUCGGUUCCUCCUUCCUUUUCCCCUCGGAGCGGGCUGCUAACAGACUCUUUCCCCGGCGAACAGUGAUAGCUUUAACAGCCCAGCUCACAAGUUGACGUGGAGGAACAACUCCUUUUUUCUUUUCCCCCAAAAGCUCGGAAUUCUCCAUUUAUUUUUUCAUUCACACGGAUUAAUAUACGUUUUCUGCCAAAUCCGGACGCAGAUUUAUCUCUUUUUGUUGACUUGAGCCCAAUAAUCCAGGUUACAGAGUGUUAGCUAUGUUUAUUUGUGGCCAGAAAGUGAUUUCAAGUGUUUCCAGAUUCCACUGUGGGACUCUUUCCUGGUUCGAGUAUUGCAACGGAAACAUUAGCUAACACACACUAGCCCCAAAAACAGCUUCUGAUUCACUUAAUAAUUAAAAGGAACAAACUUUUUAUUAUUAUUCUUAAUCCAGAUUAUCUUUUCUGCAAAGAUAGACCGCUGAUCGUGCAGGCAGAUUGUUUUUCUUCCUGAUCCGGAGCUCGUCUAGAUUUCAAAGCUGCAUUGUUUUUUGUUUUAUUUUUUAUUAUUUUCUUGGGGUUGUUUUGUUUGAGCUGAAGGAAAAGCAAACAUCAGCGAUGUCUGGCCAGUCUAUCACGGAUCGGAUCGCGGCGGCGCAGCACAGCAUGACCGGCUCUGCUAUCAGCAAGGCGGUGUGCAAAGCCACCACACACGAAGUGAGCGGCCCUAAGAAGAAGCACCUGGACUAUCUGAUCCACUGCACCAAUGAGAUGAACGUCAACAUUCCCCAGCUGGCAGACACCCUCUUCGAGCGAACAGCCAACUCAAGCUGGGUGGUGGUCUUCAAAGCCCUCAUUACCACCCACCACCUCAUGAUGUACGGCAACGAGCGCUUCAUCCAGUACCUGGCCUCCAGAAACACCCUGUUCAACCUGAACAACUUCUUGGAUAAAGGUGCUCUGCAAGGUUACGACAUGUCAACCUUCAUCAGGCGAUACAGUCGCUACCUGAAUGAAAAGGCCAUGUCCUACAGACUGGUUGCUGUGGAUUUCACCAAGAUGAAGAGAGGUGUCGACGGCGUGAUGCGAACCAUGAACACAGAGAAGCUGAUCAAGACGCUGCCCAUCAUCCAGAACCAGCUGGACGCUCUGCUGGAUUUCCAGGCCAAUCCUAACGAGCUGACCAACGGAGUGAUCAACUCGGCCUUCAUGCUUCUCUUCAAAGACUCCAUCAGGCUCUUUGCUGCUUAUAAUGAAGGAGUCAUCAACCUGUUGGAGAAAUACUUUGACAUGAAGAAGAACCAGUGUAAAGACGCUCUGGACAUCUACAAGAAAUUUCUUUACAGGAUGACAAAGCUGUCGGAGUUCCUCAAAGUGGCAGAGCAAGUUGGAAUAGAUCAGGGUGACAUCCCAGAUCUCUCACAGAAGACUAAAGGAUCAUACAUUGCCCCCAGCAGCCUCCUGGAGGCUUUGGAGCAGCACCUGGCCUCCCUGGAGGGCAAGAAGACGAAGGAGUUUAAUGCAGACACUAGAGCGUCCACCCUGUCGAGUGCCGUCUCAUCUCUGUCCUCCACUGGCAUGUCCUUCAGCCGCAUGGACGAGAAGGAGAAGCAGCAGGCCCUGGAGGAGGAGCAGGCCAGGCUGCAGGCUCUCAAGGACCAGCGCCUGAAGGAGAUCAGCAUGCAGACUCCCCCCUCUGCCUCCCCCAGCAGCCAGUCGGUCGGCAGCGCCAACAACAACAACCACAUCUCACAGACCCCGGAGUUGUUUGGCUCCGCGCUGAAUGCAAACAGCGUCCCCAACCUGAAUAGUGACCUGUUUGAUCUGCAGCCGGCCUUCAUCCCCGCUGUGCAGAGCACUCCUUCCAUCUCCAACGCCAACAGUGCCUGGGGAGGAGCGGAGAGCCAGCCACUGCAGCAGCCCACCCCAGCCAUGACUGUAGAUUUCGAUGCUGUAUUUGGGAAUAAGUCCACACCCAGUAACAACGGUCCGCAGCCUGCAGCCGGUUUUGAUGCUCUCGGAGACCUGUUAAAGCCCACAGUCACCGCGCACACCGCACCACCUCCCCCUCCUCAAAUGGCCAUUCAUCCUGGAGGAAAGCUGCUAGCCAAUGACCUCGACUCUUCUCUGGCCAACCUUGUGGGCAAUCUGCAAUUUGGAGGAAGUGCGACCAAGAAGCCAGAGAUGCAAUGGAACCAGCCUGGGGAGAAGAAGCUGACCGGUGGCCAAAACUGGCAAAAUAAGACCAUGUCGACCACACAGUGGGGCCCCGCUCCCAUGGCUCCACAGCCUAUGCCUGUGCAACAUGUGAAUGGAAUGUUCUAUACUAGUUAUGCCCCAGCGCCGAUGGCUUUCCCCAUGACCACACCACAAGUGCCUGUCUAUGGAAUGGUCCCGCCCCAGAUGGCUCAGAUGGGAGGGGUACCUGUGAUGGCUCCACAGCCAAUGAUGUACAACCAGCCUGUUCUCAGACCCACCAACCCUUUCGCACCCAUGCCAGGAGCCCAGAUGCAGUUUAUGUAAUCCAUUCAGGAGGAAGCUGAGUGCCAAAAGUGACAAACAGAGGAAAAAAGUCACGGGAGGACGGCCGAGCGGAGGGAGGGAGGGAGGGAGGGAUGAAAGGAUGGAGACACGAUCCAGAUAACCGACAGACACCAAAACGGAGGACAAGAUGUAGACGGGGGGAGGGUGGGGGGGCUGUGUCUGUGUGAAACAACUGCUUGCAUGCGUGAGAGUGGAGCUUCUCUGCGUUUAUGGUGUCACGUCUGACGCGAAGAGUGCAGAUGGAUGAGCAGAGAAGAGGGGAUGGAGGUGAUCCUACCGCACCCAGCCUGCUCAGUUCAGCUCACUAUCGAUGCUUUGAGAGCUGCAGAUUUAGCUUUAUUUCAUUCUGGUGCUACUUUGUCCUCUUCAAGUUCCUGUCUGCCUGCAACAGCAACUUGGGAGCACUUAUAAGAGAAAGUGUGUGUGCGUGUGUGUGUGUGUGUGUGUGCAGCAGUUGUUUCAGGUCUCCCAGCUCCUCUCAGCCCACCCCCCCUCACUCUCCAUUUGUUUUUACUGAGAGAUGCAGAGGCACAUUUUCUCAAGUUUGUUUCCUGUAAUUUUCAAUCUGUAUUUUUUUUUUCCUCUUGUUUAUCUUCGACAGCCUCUCUUUAAUGCUACCAGGGCUUGUACAGCAGUUUGUUGAAGCGCUAAACGGUAACCGAGCAUUUAUCAUCAUGGCUUUUGUUAGCUCUGCACACGGAGACGGGGUGUGGUGACGCAUGGGAACAAAAAAGAUAAAAGGAACUCAAGGGCUCGUCCCACUGGGGGUAAAGGCAUGGAAAUGUAUCAGGUUUUGCUGAAAUGGUUGACUGUAUCCGCAUCAUGAAAACUGCCGGUCAAUGUGCUUUCAAAGGGUUUAAGGGAUUGAGGGAUCUUUGCAUAAAAUGUCACACGAGAAAAGUGUCUUGAAAUUGAUCAAAAUUUACCCACAAUUGUUAAUGAAGCUGUGUACAUAAGCAAAACCUGUGUUUUUUCUUUUUUCCUUAUAUGGGCUGUUAACCCAUCUUUGCAAAGUCAGCAUUUUAAUAUUGUGUCUCUUUAAGAGGCUGUCAGCGAUCAUCAGGAUUGGUCACCUGUCCUAAAAUGAACCCUUUUCUUAAAGCGAUACACACAGUCAUCUAUUUAAACAGUGAAGGGAUGGUUCUGGAUGUUUGGAUCUGAGGUUCUGUUAAAAACACGUUUUCCUUUAGUAAAAGUCUAGAUUAGUGGGUUUUGGAAGCUUAUUAAGCGUCCAAAACAAAACGUUAUAUUUAAAAGAAUCUCCAAACCUAGUUUUUUUUUUUUUUCUUUGAAUUUUUGCACAUCAGAAAUAAAGUUUGGAGGAAGUGUAUCAUUAACAACCUUCCUGUGUGAAACUUUGCAGUGAUCAAAGUGCUAGUUUAUUGAUUUCUCCUAACCUCCCCCAUAUUUUUUGGUUUACUUUAAUAUCAGUUCCUGUGAUGGGAAAAGCUCUAAAGGUUUAUCCUCAUUACAAGCUAUAAAAUCCCUGCCUACAUAGUUGGACAAUUGAUAAUAGACUCUAAAAAGUCAAAUAAACUGAUGAUGAUGCUGCCACCACCAUGCUUCACAGUAGGGAUGGUGUGUUCAGGGUCCUGUUUAUGUAGUUUAGUUUUUGUUUUUAUCUUUUUAACAUCCUUUUAAAAUUAAACAAGCACCCCUUGGUUUUGGCCCCUCUUGAAUUUCCACUAACUUCAGCCUCUAAAAUCAUCUAAUCUGGAUCUGUACUAAUGGAAAAUGCUAAACGUUCUCUACUGCAGGUAAGAUAUGAAGCUGUUUGUAACUUUUUAACAGAACCACGCUUUAAAAGGCCUGAACCUUCCCUUAGAAACAGCUGCUUUUUCUGUAAGUUCAGUAUUCCGCAUAUUUUGCCCGACUAAAUUGUUGCUGAUUUAACUGUUGCCAUGCAAGGCUUUAGAGGCAGGCCAUGAAUGGGGGUGAAAGGGUAUUCUUCUGUCUAGAAGGACCAAAAAAAAAACCCAACGCCCCGUCAGAGAUCCACGCGAGGUGAUUGAUGAUGGCGGUUACAGAGUCGAGUUGAUUGAGUCACUGUAAAUUGCACUGAAUCAAAGCGAAUGGCAGGAGAUGCGCCGCUCCGCUGUAACGGACCCGUUACCGUCUGACCCCAUGAUGCUCAUGAUUUGUUUUCCUGCAUUUCUGCUUCCAUUGAGGGCUACAUCUGAGGGUCACGUUUUAAAUCAAGUUUGAUACAAAAAAGUUUUUAUCUUUUCAAAAAUCAAGAAUUGCAAAAAUGCACAUGCAAAAAAAGUUGCACUGAAGUGGCGAAGUCACCGUAGUCGAGCAUCGAGGUCUUAUUAAAGAUAGAUAUUCGGAGUACCUGGGGUUCAAAGAACUCUCGACUACAGGCCAUUUUGAUGAGUACUUUUAAUUUUUUUUUCUCCUGCCACUCUAAAGUUGAACUUGAAGCUUUGUGUCCCCCCCCCUCAGCAUAGAACGCCUCCAAACUCAUCGCCCACUCUGCUGUGAAUCUUCUAGUGUCGCCUCAGUUCUUCUAGUAGCUGAUCCAGCCUAUUUUGGCCUCUUUAGUCUGUAGUUAGUCUGUGUAGAUAUGUAAAGUGCUUACAGUGUCCGUGUAGAUCGUCCCUCCUGUGGGUUAGAAGCAGCUUCUCGUCGGUCUUGUGUUAGCUUAGCCUAUCUUCUAAUGAUCCCGCUGUAGGUUCCCUCACCACUUCCUGUCCUCUCCUCUCCGCUGAUGUCUAAAAAUGGUAGCUCUAUUACCCCUGUCAGUGUUUCCGUACUUUAGCUGUAAAUAAAACCUUUCUCUCAGGCUCUUGUUAGUUUCUCUUAAUCUCUUCUUUUCUUGCUUCUCUCAUCGGUCUCAUCUUCCAUCCAUCCAUGCCUCCUUUCGUCCCUGAUUGGACCAGCAAAGCACACGUACGGAUUUCAGGUUUUUGUGACAAAUCAAUAAGGUGGAUGAUUGUCUGGAAGUUAGCCUUGGCUAAAGGUCAGCUAAGGCACUUUCCCUCUGUUUUUUGGGUAAAAGUGAAGAUGAAGACCUAUAGAAUCCUGAAUAUUACAGCCUGGGGGAGAUACAGAUCUACAAUGUUGCCUUAAUGGAAAUUUAAAGUAAUAAAAGGCUUUAUAAAAAUCUUGAAACCACGGUUAUUGCCUCUUGUUGACGUUUUUAAAACUCGAUUAUAAAAAAUAAUCAUAAAGUAGCAUGUUUUGAGCAUUGAAUAAAAUGUGGUUAUUGUUGAACAUGUAACACUUGACAUGCACCCACACAAAAUCCCAAUCAGGUACUUUAAAGAAUUUGACCAUGAAAACGCUUAAAGUGCAGUACAGUAGUAUUUCAUCGAAAGGUCGUCCCGUAGUUAACACUUUUAUAAAGAAUGUCCUGCUCCUGAUGAUGUGUUUCCACCAAGGAUAGUUUGCUGAAGCCUUUUGUUAACUUAAGCUUCUUUUAUCCUUUUUUGAUAUGACUUGUUGAUAAUCAAGUAAAAUAUUUAAUCAACGAUUUACCUUCAUGAACUCCAGUGUAUUGAAUGUCUACAAAGUUUUGGGCUAAACCAUCAUAGUGAGCUCAUCACUACGUGACCAAGACAAAGUGAACAUUUAGAAAGUGUUAAACAAAACCCAAUAAGUAUUUCCGUCCAUUAAUAACAACUGUCUUACUGGUUAUCGCUCUUAGAGCCGUCGACAUGAAAUCAUACGCAGUAAAGAAAGACCCGGUUUCCGAACUUUAUUUUGGUCACGGACAUGGAAAAAGGCCUUUAUCAAGAUCUGCAUCCGAUAUCUGUCUCACAUUAGCCCCGUAUUCCCUAACCACCAAAUAGCGCAAGUUGUGAUCAAGAAAAAAUUUAUCUCAAUGGAAAUUCGCAAAAUGGGGCAAGAUCGUAGAGUUGAGAAAAAAAUUCAAAUCUUCUGAUUCAACGUGUUAGCGCUUCGAUGAAUUGUUUUUUUUCGGCCGUAUCAAAACCAUAGAGUUCGUAAAACAAUUAUCGUAACAUAUGAAAACACUUUUUUCGCAUCACAAGUCAGUUGAUCUGCGACUGUCCCUACUGCCUUGUGAAGAAACAAAGAAGGAAAGUCAUUUGAAGAUGUUGUCGCCCCCUGGAGAUGUUGCUGAAUUAUGAAAAAAAUGUUUACAUCCACGGCUGCCAUGUUGCUUUCAAGCGUUACCAUGUGAACAAACGUAUUCACUUGUUGAAAUACUGCAUUAGCAUUGUUUUAGAUCGGCAGCAUAUCAGCAUAGUUCUGCGCACAUUCGUAACACAGCUACUGUGACAACGCGAGUUAGCCUUCCUAUGGGUCCAGUAUUCAGGGCCCUACACCUAAAUAUAGAUGGGAAUUCCUCGGUGAGGGGAUGUUCUCGGCUGUCUACCAGCUUCUGAUCAGGGCUCCUUCAAAGAUGUCAUUCAGCAUUUUAGAUUUAGAUUGUAGCUGGUAAAUCUAGUCACGACUGCAGUGUCGGUUUUUGGGUGAAUGGAUCUCCUCUCUGGGCAAACAGCAGAAAUUCUUGACGAAUUCCCAAUCAUAACGGUAUCAUCUCUGCAUGCUCUGUUCUCUGGUUAAAACAAAAUCUGUAGCCGCUUUCUCCAGAACUGGUUUAUUUUCUAGUAUCCAGCAGUUUCUCAACAAAUGAACCAUUAGCCUUUUAUGUUUAAAGUCCGGUAACUGAGCUUUUUGGCUUGUUGAGUCUUCGUCCAAUCAUUGUGCCAGUAGUUGUUAGUGUUAUUGUAUAGGUCGGAUUCAUUCAUGGACGUUCUCGGACACUUUCGUCCUUUCCCUAACGUCUGCCUGGUCCAAAUAGGGCCCGUCCCUCUUGAAGUCGCUGCUGUUUGUAUGCGUUGCUGUAGCAUGAAUCCAGUACAGUGGAGGAUGAGCUUAGAUGUCAAAUCCAAACAUCUGAUUGCUCCGAUUGUAGCGGACAUUGAAAGAGCGUCCCUCUCUCUGGCGAACACCCGCUCGGUGAGUUCGUGGCGUUGUCUUUCUCUAUGUUUGUGUCCUCAGAGCAUCACAGUGGUGGUGACCUCCCUUUUGUUGUCCAACGAUUGAGCGACUGAUCAGACUCCAAUAGUUGUCCGUUGCCCAGGAGCCGUUCAGGCAGAACCGUAAAGGUUUGGGACUGUUGAUGAAUGAGCCAGUACAUCUCAAAGCAUUGCCAAACUUCUGUAUUCUCCCAAAGAGCUCGCAUUGUGUUUUAUGUGCAGCACACGUCCUCUGUGGACGACCCGUCCUCUCUUGGGCGGCGUUUGUGUUAGAGCCAGACCCCCCCCUCCACCCUUGGAAGUGAAAUGAACAAAGAGAGACUUUGAUAGAUGUCCUCGUCUUGUCAGUGAGUUGGUGUGUUCAAUCAAAGAUCUCUUUGUGCACGCUUUAUUUUUAUGUUGUUUCUUUUUUAAUCACAUCUGUGUUUUUUGCUAAACAAAAAAAAAA